AUGAAGACUUUUUACGGUAUCAAAACAAACGAGUAUCCAAAAUCUUCGUGUAACAAAAUUCAUAAUAAAAUCAGGAAGAGCGAUUGUCUGCGCCAUUGCAUUAAAACAACGAAUACGAUUGUCAUGAUCAGCCAUGAUGAAUCCACAAACACAUGUAUGUGUUGCGGUGAUGUCACUGGGGAGGACAUACCUGGUUCAAAUUGGAAAUCAUAUGUUCGACGUACAAUGCCCUGUGCUAACGGUUAUAUGAGUUACGAAGUGAUGUCAUACCAAACAUGUUUGAGGUAUUUCCCAGUACCAGUCACAUAUGAAUCAGCUGGAGCCCUUUGUCAGGCGGACGGUGCCAAUCUUAUUAAGAUUGAUUCUCAGAAAAAGUUCGACGUAUUCAAGGAAUACCAUGUGCCGAUUGCCAAUAAUACACUCAUUCAAGUGUGGAUAGAAUCAAUAAAGGUCGAUGGUCAGUGGCAAUUUCAUGACGGUUCUCCGAUGCCAAACGUAUGCAGGAUCAACAUGAGCGGAGAACCGGAAGAAGUACAUGUCCGGGCCUGUAUCCAUGGCAGUACAAAUCUCUACUACCAAGAUGCCCCAAACAACAUGAUCUUCCAUUAUUCGUGCGAGUACAGUCCAUAG